AAACGAAAAGUGUGGGGGGGGGGGGGGGGGGGGAAUCUUCUGUCGUGUCGGAACCGGAACGGACGACGAAGGGCGACUUCGGGCGGGAACCGUGGACCAAAACAUGGACUCGCACUCUGCAGACGCCAGACCCCUUCGCAUCAAAAAGGAAGAAGCCGAACCGGAGACCCCUCCGGUUAAGGAGGAAGAUGAGAAUCCGCAGCGGCCCCGUGGCUUCAAAAGGGAAGGCGGGGGAGAAGAGUCUCCGCACAUCAAAGAAGAAAAAGAGGACGUGGACGUCAGUCAGGGGCUCGGAGAGCGUCUUGAAGGUCUGCGUGGGAAACGGGAGGAAGGGGAGGCUGACAUCGGCCAUCUUCCUCUCAUUCGUGUCAUUGUGAAGGCUGAAGGCGACGACCAAGCGGAGUCUUCGCUGCUCCAGCGCAGUCGAAGCGAGUCGGAAGCGGACGGCGAGGCCAGAGAGAAACCUUUUGCGUGUCCGUUUUGCGCCAAGGGAUUCACUCGAAGGACGCAUUUAAAGUCACACGUGAUGACGCACACCGGAGAGAAACCCUUUCCUUGCUCGGAUUGUUCGCAGAAGUUCUCCUCCAAAAGCAACCUGAAGUCACACAUGAGAACGCACACCGGGGAGAAACCGUUUCCUUGCCCGAUUUGCAGCGAACGAUUCCCUCGGAAACACACGCUGAUGGAGCACAUGAGGACGCACACGGGAGAAAAACCUUUUCCCUGUGCCGUUUGCCACCAGACCUUCUCUUCCAAGAGCAACUUGAAGGCCCACACGAGAAGACACACGGGCGAGAAACCUUUCGAAUGCUUAGCCUGUGGUGAAGGCUUCACCACAAAAGCCAUUUUGUUGGCACACACCCGAAAACACACCGGAGAGAAACCCUUCACCUGCUCAAUUUGCGGCGAAAGAUUCACCCGGAAGGACACUUUGACGGUCCACACGAGGACACACACGGGAGAAAAACCUUUUCCCUGUUCAGUUUGCCGGCAAAUGUACUCGUCCAAGUGCAGUUUGAAGAUACACAUGAGGAGACACACCGGCGAGAGACCGUUUGACUGUUCUGUGUGCGACGAAAGCUACGCGACCAAAGCCAUUUUGGUGGCGCACAUGAGAACGCACACGGGGGAAAAACCAUUUUCCUGCUCUGAGUGCGCUCAAACCUUUGCUCAUAAGUGCAACUUGAAGACGCACAUGAGGAAACACGCUGCCGUGGAGAAAUUCAUGACUUGUCCUCAGGGAUGCAAUCACAGGUUUUCUUCUCCGGUGGAGGCGGACAACCACCGGUGUGCUGCGGAGAAGACUGCCAAUCACUGAUGCUGCCCAAAACUUCAACUCUCGUCAGCAACAUUCACUUUUGCAAGGACUUUCAGGAUAUCAUCAUCUACGCUCCAUAAAAUCAUCAAAAGAUUCCCGGACUCUGGAGAAAUCUUUGCAUGCGAGCGACAAGGCCCAAAAAAAAAAAACCCCAACAUGGAACCCGUGACCUUCGAUCCCUCGGGUGGCACUGCAUGAAAAAAAAAAAUGGCGUCAGCAACACUUCAGAAAACCUUUGUCAGUUUGCGGCCACAUCUGCAAACGUUAAAAGUUAAAAACUCGACCUUGCAAAUAGAAAGAAACGCUGUCGGCCGACUUCUCUUCUGCGAUGGACCGACGUAAAGUGAAAAACUGUGCUUUGGUCCGCGUGUGUGAAGGCGACACGGACCCUUGCGCAACUUGAGUUGCAAGAAUUGGAAAAGAAUUUCAGCUCCGGGGGCUUCUGCGAUGGUUCCCUCCCACAUCUCCAAAAGACGUGUCGAAGGGUGAGUGCGAACGGUUGCUUGUUACUAUGUGCCCUGCGAUUGGCCGGCGACCGGUUCCGGGUGUACCAGCCGGGAUAGGCGCCACCAGGCCCGCGAGCUUUGAGAGGAUAAGCGGCUCGGAAAAUGGACGACGGAUGGACUUGCCAAAGACUUCUCGCGUGGUGAUGUCGCCCAUCGCUCAACACAAAAAUCAGUUGCCAAAAUCAAGAAAGUUGAUCACUUUCGACGUGAAAUUUUUGGGGUCUUUGGAGUGUGUCAGCUUGAAAAGAGUUUUCAAAUCUUUUCCUUCUACACAACUUCAUUGGAAAUGAGUUUUAUAUUUUGCAAAACAAAAGUGCAAAAGUUCAAAGUCUGCUCAUUAAAUGUGUGUCCAUUGGGAUUUGUUGAUUUCUUUUUCUUUUUUUUUUAUUGAAGCGGUGCCACGAUUAGUUGAUGAAAUGAUCAUCAAACAGAUCCCGGUUCACAGUUCUGGGGACCCGGGUUCGAUCCCCCCCGUGUGGAGUGCGCAUGUUCUCCCCGUGCCUGCGUGGCUUUUCUCCGGGUGGGCACUCCGCUUUCCUCGCACACCCCAAAAACACGCAACAUUCGUCGGCCACUCCAAAUUGCCCCUGUGAGUGCAACCGUUUGUCUCGAUGUGCCUUGCGAUUGGCUGGCGACCGGUCCAGGGUGUACCCCGCCUCCUGCCCGUUGACUGCUGGGAUGGGCUCCAGCACUCCCGGCACCCUUGUGAGGAUAGGCGGCGAAAAAAAAUGGAUGGAUGUGUGGAUAAACCUUCGCGAGAGACGUAAUCUUGCACGUUGAAGAGGCAAAUUUCUGCGUUUCGGUCUUGUCGUGAUCUUGAAACCUCGAACUCGGUCGUUCCGGCCGUGUCCUGCCAUCCCCUCGGCCAACACGGGAACUUGAUCCAUCUGGUGAAAAAGAUUAUACGGCAGACAAAGAGACGCGUUUGUCAUUUUGGAGGCUGACCUGAUGUCAGACAGCAGCACGGCAUGAAAAAAAAAAAAAAAAAAGAAGUACAAAUCCAACAAACUGUACGACGUGGUGUGCCCAACGCGCACAUCUCGUAUCUGAAGGAGCCACUCGGUGUCAUCACCAGCAACAAAAACACACAAAAGGCAUUCAAAAGUCAUCUGAAAGAAAGAAGAAGAAGAAGAAAUCCAAGUACGCCACGCAAUUUUUACCCUUCUUGAAAAG